UAGAGCGACGGGAGCGCCUCUGCUGGUGACGAGAUAUUGACAAACAAAGUACGUAUGGAGUAAGUCAGCCAGCAGCGAGCACAAGAAAAACACGAGAAUGGCUGAAUUAACAGUGUGGGGUCUCGUGGUUUUGAUCACGCUGUCCGAGGUGAUCAUCAACACAUGCAACUUCAUCCACGGCAACAGUCACGGUUACAUACCCCAAAGAAUCGACGUGAGGAAUUUGCAGGUAGACGCCCUUCACAAUGGUGUUAGGAUCUCCAAAUACGAGGAGGACGUGUUCGCCUCCAGCUCUCUUCUUUCGCUCGCGCCCCGCGUUUUGGACUUCAAGGACAGACCGCUGGGGGUGCCGCACCAGGAAAAGGUGACAGUGUUCAACACUGACAACAACAAAACCAUCCAGCUCACCUCGAUAUCGGGCACGACGCCGCACUUCCACUGCUCCUUCUUCGAGGACAAGGUGGUGCCGCCGUUGGGCAACACGAGUUUCAGCGUCGUGUUCCUGGGCCGGGAGGAGGGCGUGGCCGAGUCGCUGCUCUUCAUCCACACCUCGGAGGGCACAAUCAAGUUUCAGGUCAAGGGUAACAGCGUCAGCUCGCCCUACCGCCUGCGACCGCUCGUCGGCCUCCAGAUGCCCAUCAACGCCAGCUUCUCACCCCUCAUCCACGUGCACAACCCCCAUCCCAACCCCAUCCAAAUAAUGGAGAUCUACAGCAGCGGCGGCGAAGUGAAGCUGGAGCUGCCGAGCGGCGAGCUGGAGGCUGUCAAGGAGCUGUGGCAGAUCCAGCCGUUCGAGACCAAGGCCGUCAUCCGCGCCAGCUUCCGCGCCAACGUGCAGCGCAACCACACGUGCUACCUGCGCAUCAGGGUCAACGGCACGGCAGAGCACCUCGUCGUGCCCUUCGAGGUCGAGGUCGGGCCUUCCGCGGGCCUCUACCCGCCAGAGCCGGCCGUCGACCUCGGCGUCCUUGGCUCCGAGUACGCACCCAAGCGCUUCUCGGUCAGCCUCCUCAACUCGGGCAAAAAGACCGCCGUCAUUCAGAAUGUAUACACGGUUCCAGCAAGCGACGCUGUCAAAGUAGAAUUCGAGAGCUUAAAAGUCCCACCAGACUCAAAAGUGGCAACCAAAGUUGCGAGCAUCACGUUUUACCCUGAUAUUGCGUACAAAGAAAAGCACUUUUCUGGCUCGAUCGUGGUGAAAGGCAAGAGCAAGAUCGUCAUCCCGUACCACGUGGUGGUGCUGCCCGGCGGCCUGCACUACAACGCGUCGUUCGCCAGUUUUUGCUGCGACGAGCCCGUCUCGCCGCGCAACCUCACCUUGCGCAACACCUUCGACUACCCUGUCGUCGUCAGCAACGUCACCCUCGCGCCGGAGGCUGCCAAGUACUUCGAGGUCCAAAAUUUUUCCGCACAAGCCGUAAAGUCUGGCGCCAACACGGUCCUCUUCCAGCUGGUGCCGAAGCCGAAAUCUCAGAUUCCGAAGGGUUUCCGUCUCGAGUCGUCGCUGGAGAUCGUGACCAAUGUGUCGGUUCUCUCGGUGCCGGUGCUCUGCUACGACGGAAAAAUCAUCAAGAUGAUUGCUGAGAGGGACUGGGGCGAGGAGGAAGAGCCAACGCUCGACCUCGGCCUCAUGGGCACGCGAAGGGAACGAAGCGUCGAGUUCAUGCUGUACAACCCGAACCCGGUGCCGAUCGCCGUCAAGUCGAUCCACGUCGAGCCGCUGAGAGGUGGAGAUUUGGACACCUCGCUCGUCCUCGUCGGCACCGGCAAAUCCAGUAACAGAGACGUCAUGCAGCAGUGGAUCAAGACGCCCAUGAAUUUGUCCACUGAGAGCACGAUCCCGCCGAAGGGUUUCGCCGUGUUCAAGUUCAAAGUGCGCACCGGAUACGAGGAAGGCUACUUCUCCGGUGAGCUGGUAGUCAAGACGAAAUUCGAGUCGGUGUUGCUGCCCUUCCGCCUCAAGGUGUCCAAGGGACAGCUCCGCCUCGAACCCGCCGAAAUCCUCUUUGACGACGCGUUUCCGGGUCGGACGUCAGUGCAGCAGCUAGAGCUGCACUCGGAGUUUCAGCAGCACAUGAAAGUGGUUUCUCUCGGAGGACGCGACCAGCGCGUGCAAUUCGUCAAAAUCGCCGACGUCGGCGUGAAACCCUUUUCUUCGUCGAUUAUCGGCGAGCUGAUGUUCGACCCGCAACUCGCCUGCUCCGGCGUCUGCUACCUCGGCAUCGACUACGAAACGCAAGGUGGGACGCAGUGGUUGGAGGGUCUGAGCCUGAAGCCGAGCACGUGGCGCAGCGACGUUGAGAUCUUGAACACGCUGUACGCGCGUUUUUCGGCGUCGGAGUCGAUGCUCUGGCUGAACACAACUCUAAGACUGGACACCACCGAGGUCAGGGGCCACCUGGCGCCCCUCGCCACAAGACUGAUCUGGCCGUCGCUCUUCUCCUGCCAACGACACAUCCAGUUUCCACUCACGCAGGUGGGGAACACUUCAAAGCUGAUGCUGCAUUUCCACAACCCAUCGGACAGUCCGCUGAUCAUGCAGUUGGUCAUCGGAGACUUAUAUGCGCCGCCUGAUGAGAUCUUGCAAUUUGUACCUGAAGAUUUACAGCCUCCGAGCGCGUCUGGCGAGGACCGAGGCGAGUUCCGCGUGUCCCGCGCUCCCUCCGAUUCCGACAACCUCAAUUGGUUGGACGGAUCGGAGGACGUGGAGGGUUUCACGGGGGUGCGAGCGCACAGUGGCAGCGUGACGGUGGUUUUGGGCCCGGGCGUUUCGUACCCGGCCGUGGUGGAGUACCGGCCGCGCGAGGCGCAAGCCGCCAGCGCCGUUCUCUUCGUCAAAAACAACCUGACGGUGCUGGAGGCGGUGCGGCUGUCGGGGGCGGGCGCCGUCGCCCACUUCCGCUUCGGAAAUCGCAGGUCGGGCGCGUCGCCGCCGCUGCAGUUCGACAUGAGCAAGAAAAUCGAGAAGGAAUGCCGGAAAGGCGGCUGGGGCCCUGGAAUCGUGCCCCUGCUCAGCGUAAGACGCUCCUUCACGGCCAGGAACACCGGAGAGUUGCCCGUCUACGUGUCAAAGUUCACCAUCGACGACCAGCCCUGCGUCGGCUACGGAUUUCGCGUCACCCACUGCCAGCCCUUCCUCCUCCCUGUCAACGGCAGCAGGAAAAUCGAGCUCGCUUUCACGCCGGAUUUCACCCUGGCAAAGGUCCAACGAGUCCUCAAGGUUUCGACGAGUGUGGGCGGGGCGGACAAUGGCGUGAUGAACUACACGCUGCUGGCCACGGUGCCGACCGAGCUCUUGGGCCCGUGUUCUCGCACCCUGCCACGCCCACUCUGGGAACGGAACAUCUACAUGUUCGUGCUGUUCUUCAUGCUCGUCCUGCUCGCUCUCAUCAUCGCCGGCGCCCUCGUCGAGGCCGAACGCAUCCACAAACAGAGCCUCACCAACGUCUCAGCCGCAUUUUCAAAGAACAAAGUGAUCAGCAACGGAGUGAGUUUGCCCUCGCCGCAGCAGUCAUCGUCUCUUUCUGCACUGUGCACGUCUUCGAGCUCGUCCUCGUCCUCCUCCUCUUCGUCCUCGUCCUCCACGAACUCGACGCCGACCUCGCAGACGACGAAAAGCAGCAGCAGUAGCGGCAUGGCGGACGCCUCAAAGGCGAAGGAUGGCAAGGAGGAGGAGGAGGGCAGCAAGCCGCGUCUGCAGGAGUCCAAGGAGGUGACCAAAAUGUCGCCGCAACCCGCACACGUCAAAGUCGUCCGUCGCAAGCUGAGCAAGAAGCAAACCAGCUCUGCCGACGCCGUCUCACAAGUUCCGGAAGCAGUUGUGACGCCAGCGUGUCCGAGCCCGCCUUCGCCGCCACCGCCUCCCAAAGAGGCGAAGCGGAAGGGCGCCUGGACGGACAUGUUCGGCCGGAAGUCGAGGGACGCGUCCGAGCCAGUGGCCGAGCAGAAGAAACCUCUGCAGAAGGCGAAGCGGUCCAAGGUAGCAACGUGCGAGUCGGCGGCCGCCUCGACCACCUCGGGCGAGGGCAGCCCCACGCCCAGCCUCGAGGAGCCGUUCGAGAACAAGGAGCGGCUCGCCAUGCACAGGAAAAACCUCAACGCGGCCUCGCACAAGCUCGACCUCUACGAGAUGGACACUGAGGAGGACCUUGAAGACGCAAAGUGCAUCAAGUCGAAGGCAAAGCAGACGAAGGGAAGUUUGGAGGAGCCGUUGGAGCCGCUGGUGAACAAAAAGAAGCUGCCGUUGGUGCUGCCUGAGCACCCGAAGAAGAAAAAGGGCAAGGCGCCGCGCGGCGGCACCCCGAUGCUCAUUCAGCCGCAGCCGCUGGCCAAGACCAAGAAAAUGCUGCCAAGCAACUUCAAAGACAUUUUAAGUUGUGAUAUUUUCGUCUUUGGUGAGCCGGAAGUUUCAGAGGCGCCUGAGAAGAGUCGGCCCGUGACGCCGCCGCCGCCGCCGCGACCCGCGUCGUCGCCCGUGGAGGCGCCGACCUGCCCGUCGCCGCUCUACUCGUCGGUCCUCUCGCCCCUCGCCGACUCGGACGUUGUCGUCAAAAAGGAACUGCCAGGCCCCAUUGGAUCUAAGUGCUCGCCCAAGCUGCAGCAGAACAGCCUCAACCUCCACUGGUCCGACAUCGACGCCGCCAGUAAUUCUCGGAUGAUGCGCGACAUUUUCGACAACGCGUCGUACCACUCGUUGGAGAGCCAGUCUUCAGGGUCUCCGUGGACUCCGAUGGUGGUGAACGACUCGUGGCGGUCACUCUUGGCGGACCGGCGGCGCCGCGUCGAGCAGCACGAGAGCCGCUUCUCGUUCGGCCAGAGCACGCCCACCACCUCAUCCUCGGGCGUCGUGGACAACAACUCAUCCUGGAACACGUGGGCGUUCGAUCCUCCGUCGCUGACCAACAUCGGCAGCACACCGCAGCACCUGGACGCAGCCGCGGUAGCCGCAGCCGCCGCCGCAGCCGCAAGCGCAGCCGAGAGCAAGAGUUUGUGGGCAUACGGAGGCGGCGGCGCCAGCGCCUGGACCAACACGCCCGCGCAGGCUCCACCGCCGCAGCCGCAGCACCAACCCACCGUCGCCCCCGUCGAGUUCAACCUGUUUGAGCCGCCGACGAACCUCUGGAGCAUUCCGACUCAGCAGCAGGCGCCGCAGCAGCACUCGCCCACCUGGUUCUCGAGCAGCGGCGGCACCGGCACCAACAACAACAACAACAACAACCAAGGCUAGGAAGAGGAAGAAUGGAAGAAGAGCUCGGAGAGCGUCGAUUUGCGGCCUCUCCUCCUUGUAAAAAGAAUCAGCGUCGUUGUUUUCGUGAUCACAGGCUCAAAUGAUUGCUAGUCACAAGUGAGCUCUACCUUAGGGUCGCACCCGUCUCGACCGCAGGAAGAAUUUUAGUCGUUAUCCUCGUAAAACUGCUCCGCGGAGCGUGCUUUUGAUCUGAACGUGCAGUCUCUUUUUCCCAAUUGCGGAAUUAAAAUUAUUGAAAGAAAGCAAGAAAAUAAACAAAGAAAGAAACGCAGGUCGCUGGACCACAAAGUCAAACUCGCGGCUCAACUUACAACUGUCUCUGUGUUUAAUUUAUUAAUUAUUCGUUGGUUGGUUGGUUGAUUUUGCACGGCGCGCAGUUCAAAUCGUUCGUUCGUUCCUGCUCGCGGACUAAUUUCUUAGCUGAUUAAGUGAGAAAAACAAAACAAGCAAACAAAAACGCAAAAUGACAAAAUUAUUGUUGUUGUUACUUUUUUUACUACUCUCGACUGAUUUAUUUUUUGUUUCUUCCUCUGUAUCUUUCGCUUUUGGACUUGAGUUGGGAAGAAUUAAUUUGUCACAAAUGCGAGUGCUUCUUUUUUCGGAAAGUUCUGGUCUAAAAAUAUGUUUUUUUUCUCUAAGAAUAGGGAUGUGCAAAGAUGCAACUUGAUGGAAUGUCGGAAAAUGGCGACUUUUCAAAUGUGGGCGUGGCACCGGGUGUAAAACGAACACUCAUUGGUGCCAGGCUCGGAAAAACUGAUUUUUAUUUACGAAUUAUCAGUUGAAAUUGAAUUUAAUUAUUGGAAAUUUCAAUGAAAUUGAAAUAGGGGCGUGGCAGGGGGCGAAACUCCAACAGAACUGUUGGAGUUUUGAGUUUGGAUGGAUUGGCGGGAGUUGGAAAUGUUAGAAAGUGAUUUCAGACCCAAGAAUUUAUAAAAAUGGGCGUGGCAGGAAGUGAUUUCUGCGAGAUAGAACUUAAAGCGGAAACUGGGAAUUUUUUUAUCUGUUUCUGCUAUUCUUCACUACUUGAUUAUAGUCAGAUUAUGUAAUCAAAAAUUUAUUUUGUUUUGUAAAUUCAAUUAAAUUGAAGAAAGGGGCGUGGCAGGUGACAAAAUUAACAAUUAGAAUUAGUUUAUUUUGGAGGGGGCGUGACCAGCUGGAGUGAAAAACCUGUCUGAGAAUUAUUGCAGUCAAGUUCCCAAGAAAGGGGGUGUAACCAACGGAUUACGAUUCUAAAGAAUUAUUACGUUCGUUGGUGCAAGACAGUGAACAUCUCCAUUUUUGUCACAAAUUUUUAGUCGGAAAAUUCGUUCUUGUCGAAAUUGAAAAAGGGGCGUAGCAGGUGAACAAAUAAACAAUUAGAAAUGAUUUGUUUUGGAGGGGGCGUGACCAGCUGGAACAAAAAACGUUAGAGAAUUAUUGCAGUGAAGUUCUCGAGAAAAAUGGGCGUGGCGGGAGGUUUAACCAACUGAUUCUAAAGAAUUUUUACGUUCGUUGGUGCAACAGUCAAAAUUUUCAAGAACUUAUCUCCAUUUUUGUCACAAAUGUUUGGUCGCAAAAUUCCUUCAAUUAUAAAUUGAAAAUGGGGCGUGGCAAGUGACAAAUAAACAAUCGGAAUUAAUUUGUUUUGGAGGGGGCGUGUGUAGCAGGAACAAAAAACAUGUUGGAGAAUUAUUGCAGUGAAGUUCCAGAGAAAAAUGGGCGUGGCAGGAGGUGUAACAAACGGAUUACGAUUCAAAAGAACUUAACUCCAUUGUAGUCACAAAAUUUAAGUCGCAAAAUUCUUUCUGGUCAAAUUCUUUCGAUUAAAUUGAAAAGGGGGCGUGGCAGGUCACUAAACUAAUAAUUAGAAAUGAUUUAUUUUGGAGGGGCGUGUCCAGCUGGAAUAACAACAUGUCGGAGAAUUAUUGCUGUAAAAUUCCCAAGAAAGUGGGCGUGGCAGGGGGGUGUAACCAACGGAAAAGUAUUAUUACGAUCGUUGGUGCGAGACAGUCAAAGAACUUAUGACAUUUUAGUCAAAAUAUUGAACGGAAAAUCUUUUCUUGUCGAAUUCUUUCAAUUAAAUUGAAACAGGGGCGUGUCACGGAGCGGAACUAACAGAAUUUAAGAAUCUAAUCCAGUCAGAAAAUGCUUAAAAUGUGUUUUUUAUUUACUUAAUUAACACGAUGAAGUUGGUUUUGCAUUUGCACAUCCCUAGCUGAUUCGACCGAACAAAAAUGUAUUAAUUUGGUAUGAAAAUAAAGACGGCGCACUCGUUAAAAAAAUGUAAUACUCUGAUGGGUUCCAGGAGCUCGAUUGGUUUUCGUCCAGCUCUGAUUCUGUGCAGAAAUCGUGAUUGAGAUGCACUUCCUAUCCUGUCUAACGAAAUAAAGAAAGAAAGAAAGAAAGAAAAUAAAAAAUGAUAAAAUCACUAGUGUCGUAGGCGGACCUCUGUCUCCUCUGCUCUUUUCUCUUGGCCCCGUCGUCGUCGUCGUCGUUGUCGAGCACACACCUCUUUCGGAUUUUCGGCUCCGCGCGCAUCCAUCGCAGUCCGACCCGACACAAACAAAAAAUUCGUUCUUGUCACAUUCCCGCGAUAAAUUCGGGAAUUUAAUUAAUUAAUUUAUUUAUUUAUGUCGGUCCUGCAACAGGUCCCGCCUCUGAUUUUACUGAUUUUCCUCUUUUUUUUUGGUAUGUAUUCGAUGUCAACACAAAAUAAUGUCGCCAAAGACACACACACAUUAAUUUUAUUUGUUUCCUAUUUUACUUUUUAGCCUGCUCAAAGCUGAUUGUGUUUGAUGGAUGUGUGAACGCUGGGAGGGAAAAUUGAAUAAAAUUUUACACCCAGAAUAUGCAAACUGAA